AAAUUGAACGUUUUACAGAGUAAAGAGUUAGUUUAAUUUUCACGAAAUUAUUUGUGUGUAGCUCAUUGUACCACAAAAAUCCUUCUUUACCAUAAUUAAUAAAGAAAUGGAUGGUGUGGGCCCUUAUUUUGGGAUAUUCGAUAAAUAUACUAGGAAAUUUUCAUUCGUGGAUGGAUUUUACCAGUUUUUGCAUAAAGGAUGUUUCAAACUGGCUCACAAAAAUGAAAUGGGCGAAUCAGAAUCCAAUUGCGACGAAGACUCCAUGAAAGUUCGUUCGGGAAGAUGUAUGAGUAUGCAGGCUAUGCAAGCACUGUUUGAGUUAAAAGAAAACAAUCAACUUUGUGAUGCUACUUUAAUUCUGGAUGACGGAUCCGAAGUACCGGUACACAGAGCAAUCUUAUGUGCUUGUAGUUCUUAUUUUAGGGCUUUAUUUACAUCAACUUUACAAAAUCGAGAGAAACAUAGAGUACAUUUAUCAGGAAUUACGUCAGAAAUGCUACACAAACUGUUGGUUUACAUAUAUUUAAGAAAAUUAGAUAUUAAUGAAGAUAAUGUAUACUCAGUACUGAUAACAGCGGAUUACUUAAGCAUUCUAGGAGUUCUCGAGAUAUGCUGUGAAUUUUUAGAAGAAAAUCUUACACCUAAAAAUUGUAUAGGAACCUUGAGUUUCGCUCAAAAUCAUUUUUGUCGAGAUCUAGCCAUUGAGACAUGGAAAUAUAUAAUGAAAAAUUUUCCACAGAUCGCCGUUGAAAGCGAUGAACUUUUAUCCCUAUCUUUGAAUCAGAUUCAAGAUAUUAUAAACUCUGAUGAGUUAAACGUAAAAAGUGAAGAAACUGUAUGGGAUGUAAUCCUAAGAUGGAUCGAUCACGAUACCGAAAAUAGAAGGAAACAUAUUGUUUCAUUGAUGAAAUGUAUAAGGUUGGGGUUGCUGGAUACCCAAUUUUUUUUGGAACAUGUGAAGGAACAUCCCUACGUUUCAAGUUCAGAGGAAAGUCGGCCUAUGAUUAUCGAAACGUUGAAGUUUUUGUACGAUUUGGAAAUGAUCACACAUAGUCCGAAUAUCAGUAGCGGUAGUCAGUUCCUAAUAAUUUGGUCUCCUAGAGAUGGAGAAGUCAUAACACCUGAAAUAGCUCGUCCCAGAGUUCCUCACGAAAUCCUCUUCGCAAUUGGUGGUUGGAGCGGUGGAUCUCCAACAAACUUUAUCGAAACAUAUGACACACGAGCAGACCGAUGGGUCAAAGUCGAAGAAGUUGAUCCAGCAGGUUCUAGAGCCUACCACGGCACAGCUGUUGUCGGUUAUAAGAUUUACGUAAUCGGCGGAUUCGAUGGUAUGGACUAUUUUAAUUCAUGUAGAUGUUUUGAUGCUGUUACUAAAACCUGGAAAGAAGUAGCUCCGAUGCAUUCUAGACGAUGUUACGUUAGUACUGCUGUUCUUAAAACUACAAUUUACGCUAUGGGUGGAUACGACGGACAUAGUCGCAAAAAUAGUGCUGAGAAAUAUGAUUAUAGAACUAACCAAUGGACCCUUAUAGCUCCAAUGAACAUGCAGCGGUCAGAUGCAAGUGCUUGUAAUCUUGACGGCAAAAUUUAUAUAACUGGUGGCUUUAAUGGCCAAGAAUGCAUGCAUUCGGCGGAAGUGUAUGAUCCUGAAUUAAACCAAUGGUCAUUAAUAAGUCCAAUGCGAUCACGACGUUCUGGAGUAAGUUGUAUUGCUUAUCAUGGCUCAGUAUAUGUGAUUGGAGGAUUUAAUGGCAUAUCUAGAAUGUGCAGUGGAGAAAAAUAUAAUCCAUUAUCAAACAAUUGGUCACCCAUACCUGAUAUGUAUAAUCCUAGAAGUAACUUUGCCAUUGAAGUAAUCGACGAUAUGAUAUUCGCUAUUGGUGGUUUUAAUGUAUGUAUUGCAGGAGUAACAACAAUAUAUCAUGUCGAAUGUUACGAUGAUAAAACGAAUGAAUGGUAUGAAGCUACCGAUAUGAAUAUCUAUAGAUCAGCGUUAUCAGCCUGUGUUAUUGAUGGAUUACCAAACGUUCAUGACUAUAUACACAAACAUAGAGAUAAACUCAUGGAAGAAAAACGACAAAAGAUGAUAGCAUUAGAAAAUCAUCGAAAUCUUGUGAAUGAUCAAAAUAAAACAAUAAUCACGAGAACAUAGCAGCGGCAGUGAACGCAAACAUACAACAACUCAACAUUCUGCAACAAUUAAAUGGUCAUUUAAAUCCAGCUCUACCGCCAGCACACGUUCCCGAUCCGCUUCCUAUGCAAGUCGAGCCAGACGAAAACGAAGAACACUGAAACCAUUACGCUCGUUAUGUUAUUUUCAGAUUACAAAUUAUAAGUACGUUAUUAAAAUGCAAUGUUGCGAAAAAUGUUUAACAAUCAUAAACCAAACAUUCUUAUAUUUCCGUAAGAGACAAACAUGUAUUUUAAAAUAUAGAAUCAUUGAGUCUCGUUAAGAAAAUAUCCUCUUACGGCCUCGUUAAGUAAAACUGAUUGGAAAGAGAUCACCGGAAAAAUAAUACCUUGUUUCUAGUUAUUCUAUUUGCAUUUGCGUUGCAGAAAUUGUAUUUUUAAUUUCUUUAACUCAAAAUUAGUAAAAUACAAUAGUCCUAUUUUACAUUAAAUAUUAUUGUCAAUUUUUCACAUUUUACAAAUUUAUCAAUGCUUUUACACUGUUUUACUUAUUGUAUUAAACAUUCAUUUGUAUAGAAUAUAUAAUAAUAAAAAUAUAAAACUCCUUAU